AUGGCCGAGGCGGAGCGACAAGCUGAGGCCGAACGGAACGCGGCCCAGCAGCGAGCGCGCCGGCAGAGGGAGGCGGUGAGGGAGGCCGAGGCCGCUCGCCAGCGGGAGCGCGCGGACGACGACCGGGUGCGACAGCUCAACGCCGAGAGGCAGCGCGCGUUCCGAGCCGCACAGGAGGAGGGAGCUAGGCGGGCGGAGUUGGAGGCCAACGCUGAGCGCCUCCGCCAGCAGCGAGCGGCGCAAGAUGAAGAGGCCAGGCGGGCGGAGUUGGAGGCCAACGCUGAGCGCCUCCGCCUGCAGCGAGCGGCGCAAGAUGAAGAGGCCAGGCGGGAGGAGUUGGAGGCCAACGCUGAGCGCCUCCGCCAGCAGCGAGCGGCGCAAGAUGAAGAGGCCAGGCGGGCGGAGUUGGAGGCCAACGCUGAGCGCCUCCGCCUGCAGCGAGCGGCGCAAGAUGAAGAGGCCAGGCGGGCGGAGUUGGAGGCCAACGCUGAGCGCCUCCGCCUGCAGCGAGCGGCGCAAGAUGAAGAGGCCAGGCGGGCGGAGUUGGAGGCCAACGCUGAGCGCCUCCGCCUGCAGCGAGCGGCGCAAGAUGAAGAGGCCAGGCGGGCGGAGUUGGAGGCCAACGCUGAGCGCCUCCGCCUGCAGCGCGAGGCGCAUGAGGAGGAAGCGACGCAGGCCGAGCGUGAGGCCACCGCGGCGCGCGUCCGUCAACAUCGCGAGGAACAGGACGAGGACGCCAGGCACGCUCAGCGUGCUGAAGACGCCCGGCGCCAUCAGCAGCAGCGCGCUGCCGCCCGUGCGAGGCCAGCCUCGCUUGCGGCCCGCCGACCGGCGGACGUUUUGUCCGGCGAGCAGGUGGUGGAGGCCGAUGAUGUCGGUGCGAUGGUGAAAAUAUACAUCAGUGACCCGCUGGCCGAAGAUCCGGAGGCUGAAGCGGCCAUUCGACUCGGUCAUGUGCGCCUGCCGGCAGCGACCUCUGCCGCCGUGCAGCACCGGCUGCUGGACCUGCUGGGACAGCUUCAGGCCAUGCUGCGCCAAGUCAACCCCUGGGUGCACGAUUUCAUCAUGGCUGCCGAGGUCCUGGCACGGGAGGUGGAACACCGGCAGCUGAUCAUCAGCGUUGCAGCCCGACCCGCCGGCGAGCACGCGCGCCGCUACAACGCCGCCGAGGGACUGCGCGAGGUGGCGGUCCUCAUGGGAGAGGAGCCCGGACAGCACGACCUGGUACUGCGCCGCCGAGCUGAUGGCGGGACCGGCGUGCUGCAGACCAUCGAUGAGAGCCACCGAGCGUGUGACCCACUCCAUUUCGUCCUCCUGUUUCCACUGGGGACUACAGGGUGGCACCCGGCGAUUGCUCAGGCGCCGCAGCCCGGCAGGGAGCGGCAGCGAAUGGUGACAACGCUCCAGUUUUACGCGUACCGGCUCCAGAUCAGGCCCCACCAGGACGACAGCCUCCACCGCGCCGGUCGCCUGUUUCAAGAGUUUGUCUGUAUGGCCUACGCCAAGGUCGAGGCCAUCCGGCUGAAGUACAUCUCCACUCACCAGCGCGAGAUCCGGGCGGACCUCUACCAGAGCGUCCGUGACGCCGUGGCGGCUGACGCGGAGCUCGGCCAGCAGGAGCAGCCCGAGGAGGGACGUGAGCAGGCUGGUGUACCGGUCGUCGGAGACGAGUCGUUCUGCCGGCUACUUUCAUCGGUGGACCCCGCCAUAUGA